UUCCUGCUUUCAUUAGCAUAGCCCAACCCACAUCGAACAAACGCCCAGCACUACCUCAUUUUAAUGCUGGACCCAGGCCAAACGUACAAGCGCUACACUGAAUAUAAGGAGGAGAAUGACUGCAAUGAGAACCAUAAACUGUCAUAAGGCUAGACCACAUCUCUGGCUAGGGCAGAAAAAUAUUGUGCUGAACAUGAACAGCCUUUUAGAUAGUUUGCAUGGUUGAAAGCAAAACAUACUUAGCAAGGUUCUGACACUGGAAGAAAGGUGGGGAGGGAGAUAAAAGAACGGGUGUUUCUUUCACAGAUCUGAAAGUAUAACCUGACAGAAGAAUAAGCGAAUUUCAUACCAACUGGGUGCAGUUCAACAGAGGCAGUGUUUUCCCCCCUUCCUUUUCUAUUAUUUUCUUCUGCUACAGAAGAAGGAACAUUGUAAAAGAAAGGGGUAGUGGGAACACAGCAUGGCAGGGGCCAAGCGGAAAAAGAAAAAUGCCAUCUGGAGAAAGAUCCAUGCACUUCGCUACGAAGACUUCAAACUGUGGUGUGUAAGGAGGCUCCCUGUUCUGGAGUGGGCGCCAAACUACAACUGGAAAGCCGACCUGCUUCCUGACACAAUUUCUGGGAUGAUGCUGGCUGUUCAGCAGGUGACUCAAGGGCUUGCCUUUGCUGUUCUCUCUUCAGUGCAUCCUGUGUUUGGCUUAUACGGAUCACUCUUCCCUGCUAUUAUUUAUGCCAUAUUUGGAAUGGGACGCCACGUUGCCACAGGAACCUUUGCUUUGACCUCCUUGAUAUCAGCAAAUGCUGUCGAGCGUCUUGUUCCUCCCAUGAGCAGCAACUUCACAGCAAACAAUAACUCCACGGUCUUGGGAUUAUCUGAGUUUGAGAUGCAGAGGAUUGGAGUUGCUGCAGCGGUUUCAUUAUUAGGAGGACUCAUUCAAGUAGCAAUGUUUGUACUGCAUUUGGGCAGUGCCACCUUCUUGCUCACGGAGCCGGUGAUAAGCGCAAUGACGACGGGAGCAGCUACGCACGUCGUGACUUCACAAGUCAAGUACCUCUUGGGAAUGAAAAUGCCGUAUAUAUCGGGACCCCUGGGAUUCUUUUAUAUUUAUGCCUACAUCUUUGAAAACAUCAAAUCCAUUCAGUUGGAAGCUUUGCUGCUCUCUGUGCUGAGCAUCGUGAUUCUCGUUCUUGUUAAAGAACUGAACGAAAAGUUUAAAGGGAAAAUCAAGGUGGUUCUUCCUAUUGAUUUGGUUUUGAUAGUUGCUACCUCUGCUGCCUGCUACUAUGCUGAUAUGGAGCAGAGCUACGGCAUGAAAGUUGUGGGACAUAUUCCAGAAGGCAUACCACUGCCAAGGUCUCCACCCAUGAAUAUCCUCCCUGAAGUCAUCACAGAGGCAUUUGGAGUGGCAUUGGUUGGUUAUGUAGCUUCACUAGCCCUUGCCCAGGCCUCUGCUAAGAAGUUCAACUACUCUGUGGAUGAUAACCAGGAGUUCUUGGCUCACGGCCUCAGCAACGUGAUCCCAUCCUUUUUCUUCUGCAUACCCAGUGCAGCAGCUAUGGGCCGUACUGCUCUCCUGUUCAGCACUGGAGCGAAAACACAGGUGGCUUGCCUAAUAUCUUGCGUAUUGGUGCUUGUGGUCAUCUAUGCAGUAGGACCAAUGCUAUACUGGCUGCCCAUGUGUGUUCUAGCAAGUAUCAUUGUGGUGGGGCUGAAGGGGAUGCUGGUGCAGUUCCGUGACUUAAAAAAGUAUUGGAAUGUGGAUAAAAUAGACUGGAGUAUAUGGGUUAGCACUUACAUAUUUACAAUUUGUUUUGCUGCUAAUGUGGGGUUGCUGUACGGCGUAGUCUGCACAAUACUUAUAGUGGUUUUCCGUUUCCCAAGAGCAACGACUCUGAGCCUGAAACAUAUGAAAGAAGUGGAAUGCAGAUUCAAAACAGAAGCAGAUUCUGAGUCCUUACAACCGGUAAAAAUCGUCUCGGUGAAUAACCCACUAGUCUUUCUCAAUGCUAAGAAGUUUCACAUGGACAUAUUAAAAAUAAUCCAGAAGGAAAGCACGUGUGCACAGCAGCUACCUGAAGAUAUGAACAAGUAUGAACAGAACACAUUGCUCAGCCCAUUAUCCAAUGGAAAUUGCCAUGGUGAAUCAUCAUUACAGCAAUGGCCCAGCGAAAGGCAUUCCCUAAUACUUGACUGCAGUGGCCUGACUUUCUUUGACUACACUGGCAUCUCUGUGCUUACUCAGAUCUACACGGAAUCUAAAAAAAGAAACAUCGAUGUUUUACUGGCAAAUUGCAAAGCUUCUUUGAUAAAGGCACUGAAGCUCAGCGGAAAGCUGGAAUCCGAGAAUGCAGUCUUCUUUGAAUCGGUGUCAUCAGCUGUUGGUGCCAUUCAGUUGAACAAGAAUUUCUGCAAGCUUAAUGAACACACUGAGGUCUGAAGCUGGCCUGAUAUAGAUAUAUUGAACCAUUUACCUACAGAAGGAACUUUGCCAGUGUUUCGUCAGGUCUUCAUACAUGGGAUUUUGAUGGUGAUAAUUGUAUGCCAAGACUAUUUAACAAAUCCAACAUCAACAGUGUUUACUGUCAAAAUGUUCCUGGAGGUAUCUCUUUGAGUUACCAGCAAUGACAGUUUUUUUAAAAAAAAAAAUUAAAUAAAAAUAAAAUUGUUAUUUGAUUCCUACAUAUUUUUGUAUGCAUUUAGAUAAAUAAUAAUAAUUAGAAUGCAAUUUAGGACAUUUCAGUAGUGUAUAUUGUUUUUAACUGUCCUAUUGUAACUUAGUUGUAUCAUUUUGUGCACAAGAGAAUACAACCUUACUGAAUUUUGUACUGCAUUCGGUGGUAUCUAAUCCCAAGGAUGUACAGCUUGUUACAUGGAAACACAAACUGUGAUUCUUCUUAGAUAUGCAGGGCACCCAUUAGAGCAAUCCCACCGUGCCCCUUUCAUAUUCUAUCAAAACCACCAAGGUCACUGGCUGUUUUGAGUGUUACUUAUGUUCUGCGCUGCCUUAUGUAUCUUCUCAUGAAUUUUUUAAAAAAUGUUUCCAGUUACGAACAUAGCCCUUGCUUCCCCUUCUGUUGUGAAAAGGUUUAGCAUUUGUUGUAAAAUUCUCAGGUUUGACCUAUGCUGACAGCUCCAUUGAAUUAAGUAGAAUGGUGCUAAUUUACAGUGAUCAGGGGGAUGGUCUUGUAACAGAGGCUUAUUCUGUGUCACAUUUUGCAGGGAAGGACAUGUGCUCACAUAGGUCUGUAUCUGCAUACAGAGAGGGCCAGUUUGCAGCUCUAGAUCUAAGUGCUCAGACAAAUUCUGCAAGCACAAGGGGGGGGCAGGUUUAGAAUGUAACACACUAAACCAUAGUGUAGUGCUACAUGCAUGAGCCUGGGGCUCAUCCUCUCCCCCCUGCACAUUCUCCUUCAAUGUAGCUAUAGCAUCCACAUGUAUUUUAAGUUAACAGCAGUUUGUCACUUUGGGACAAGUUGUUUUUCAUCCUGGCUUGUUUGGAUAAAACGAAGCACAGUUCUGAGUUUAGACCAAGCAACAAACUCUUCUUAGCUUUAAACGGCUGCUCUCCUUCUCAUGGCCAUACUGAAGAAAGAGAAGGAUGCAGGUUCGUGCAUAGGAUGCUAAAUUAUGUUUUCAUAUUACAACUAAACAAUGAUCGGGAAAUUCUGCAUAGAUAAGUGGAAAGCAAAAGUGCCAUUGUUUCAAAUAGCUUUUGACUAGCAGUAUUCUGCACAGUUUGUUGAAAGUGCUUCUAAUCCAGUGCACAAAAGUCAGACAAAUGUCAUAGAUAUUUAAGUGGGGUUGCAAUCUUUUUGCUUGCUAAUUACAGAUAAUUCAAGCCACAACCAAGUUUGGGCAAAAAAUGGAGGACAUUAAGAAUUGUUUCUCUCCCCCCCAUAAAAUUAUAAAUAUCUAGUCACAUAGUUUAAUUGCUCCGGUUAAUAAAUGAGACAAAUUUCUCCAUCUGGCACAUUGGAUUCUAGUGAUAUGAGGACAAUGUAGAUGUAAAUAACACUAUAUAGGAGACAUAUUGAAAGUGCAGGGUGUGCAAAAUCUGACACCUUUCUCUUGGUGAAUAUUGCAGACUUUCAACAUGUUGGCACUGCAAGUUUGGGAUCCUUAUCCUCAAAAGUGGGUGUGCAGUGUUUGCAGAGCUGAUUUAAAUCAUUGCAUUGUGUUGCAUGCUUCUCAUUAUAUGUAGUUGUACAACUGUGUUCUCUAAGUAGUGCAGAUUGGAAUAAUUCUUGCAUGUCACAUUUCAUAAUUUCCUUAAUUGUGCAUCAUCUGCAUUCAAAAGCCAUAUAAAUUAAGGCAGAUCUGAACCGUUAUUACACAUUGCAUGCACAAUUGGCUUUUCAUAAAACAGAUGUGCAAUGGACACUUGUCUGAAACAGCGAGUACACAAUUUUUGCUUCAGGGGUUGAUAUUCAUGGCAUCUCUAUCAAAGUGGUGAAUUCAUAAUUCAUGCAAAAUUUAUUGUUAUUCUCUCUCCCCACCUCCCCAAAAGAAAUGAGCAAGCUUUCUACACAUUAUGGACUUGGCUCUUAAAAAAAUAAAUAGAAGCAAUCCAUAACGAUUAUGAAUGGCUGGCAAUCCUUUAUUAAAAGCACACGUUUCACAAACUUUUGUGGACUAGAAGGACAUGUUAGGUUGAUAAUUUUGCAAUGUGCAGUGUUACCAUUUUCUGCUGCUAGCACUUAUUGUGGUUAUGAUUUGCUUAUUUGCAAAGAAUGCAGGAGAUCUGCGCUGUGACACGAGGGCUCCAAGCAAUCACACUUAAAUAAUUGCCUCAUGUUAUGUUGGAUUAUGCUGGUUGUUUAUGAUGAUGUCUGCAGAACAUUGGGUUCACUUUCCAAAUUGGCAGGUCUUUGAAGCAAUAAGUUUGAAGGGGUCAAUUAUACAUUUGUGCAUUUAAAAAAAAGAAAUAUGGAGGAAAACUGUUGGGUCUCAAUCUGCUACAAGCUUUCGUUGACUGUGGGGAAGAGGGUUUUAACUGGAGUAAAAGUGUGGUUAGGAUAACUUGCUAAGGGGGGGGUAAGGCGGCAAGGGUGGCUAACUUGUGGCUGUGCAGAUGUAUCUGAAUUACAACUCCCACCAUCCCUUGCAACUGGCCAUGCUGCAAGGGAUGUCGGGGUGGGUGGACAAAGGUAGCCUCUCCAGGGCUUAGGCAAGAAUCAAGCUAUCUUCUCAGGCAAUCUAGCAGCAGUCCUAAAAAAUGGCUGACUUUAAAAGAUGGGUGUGUGCACCCAUGUUUGAGUGUGCUAAAAAUUGGGUUUGCAGAAUCUCUUCAUUGUAUGCCAUCAGGGUUUGGGAGAAAAAAGUCAGCUGUUAUGGAGCAAACUAAUAAUGCGAUGAAUGUUUCAUAAAAAAUUGGACACACACACACAUACACAGCUUGUAAGAAUCCACUUGGCCCAAAACUGCUUUUUUAAUGCAGAGGUUGCCAACCCUGAUGCCCUAAAGGACACCCUGGUGCCUUUUAUAAUAAUAAAAAAGUCAGUCCCUAGUCCAUCUAGAAAGAAAGUUAUAAGGCAAAAUGUGCAGGUAACUUCUAAGUGACUUCUGUGAAAUUAAACUGAGUGUUGUGAGGAAUGCUCCCUGUUGCUAUUAGAAGGUGUGUGUGUGUGUGUGUGUGUGUGUGUGUGUGUGUGUGUGUGUAGAAUCAAUAUUGAAUGAUCCCCAUAGUUGGGACCAAUAGGACAUAGCUGAAUUCCCAUGAUAAGCAUACAGUUGUCAGGGGUGGUUGUCUUGUCUAAUUUUGCUAUGCCAUGCUGCCCUAUAGCAGUCAUUUUGUGGCUGGCACUCCCAGCAUACUCUCAAAAUUCAAAAUGUCUCCACUGGUCCAAAAAAGGUUGGCAACCCUUCUUUUAAUGCACCUUUGAAGCCAAAAGAACGCUGCAGCUGGCAUGAUUCUCUUUACCUUAAGCAGAAUUUCCCAGAGGGUUCCCCGUUUUCUUUUAAGCGCAGUGUGCCAAAAGUUGGUGAACUCAGUGAAGCAAUAGCUCAGGAUUUUGGAGGUGUUUGGUGCUUCAGGCAUUUUGUGGCUGGCUCUGCAUAACACCCAAGGUGGUUGUAUCCGAUGUCAAAGAGGAAAACAACUACCAGACUUUUAGAAGACAUCUGAAGGCAGCCCUGUUCAGGGAGGCUUUUAAUGUUUAAUAGAUUACUGUGUUUUAUUUUUCUGUUGGAAGUCGCCCAGAGUGGCUGGGGAAACCCAGCCAGAUGGGCGGGGUAUAAAUAUUAUUAUUAUUAUUAUUAUUACUAUUAUUAUCCCACUAAGCUUAACUUAGGGCAGAGCUACUGGAAUGAAUGGACCUAUAUUAGCCAUGUUCAUUCAUUUCAACAGGCCUGCUCUGAGUAGGACUAGCACGAGAUACACCCCAGAGCAAGGCCAGCAAAGUUUGGUUUUUUUUGGGCAUAGGAACAUAAGGAGUUGCCUUAUUCAGAGUCAGACCAUUUGAUCCCUCCUAGAUCAGUAUUAUCAACAUCAACCUUCCAUGGCACCCCAAAUCAGCUUCCCAAGUAUAGACCUGGCCCUCCAGGCUUCUGUGUCAAUUGACUGGGAUUACUGUGAACACCUCGUGCAUUUGGAUGUGCCAAAAUAAGGACCUGGUGGUGCCCUGAGUUCCAAAACCUCUUGAAAUGCGACAAAAACAAGCUGGGAACCCCACAAGUUUACCAAAUCAGCUCUGGGAGAGAAAAGCAGACUGACAUACAUUAAUGGGGACUUCAUUCAUUAAUGCCCAGGGUCCCAUAAAUUUUCUGAACAGCCCUGAAAAUCAAGCCACACAGACUGUACAAACCUGCAGUGCUACAACCUCUGUUUUUAUGAGCUCUUGUACGUGUGUGUGCGCGUGCGCACACACAGAGAGAACAUCAAUAAAGUAUUUAAAAAGAAACUUAGUGAAAAUGAUAACUUAGACAUAAAUGCAUAAUAAGGGAGACUUGUUAGGAUCAUUGCUAUGCAAAUUAAAUGUCCCUAAUGUUCAUCCUGUGCUUUCCCUUUUAAAGGUUAUUUCCCCCUAAAUCCCUAUAUUAAGUGCCACAAAGUCUGGCUUUAGCUACCUUGUUAUAAUUUAUUGAACGCUGGGACAGAGCUGGAUGGCAUAAAUCUACCGUGUAAGAUACCUUCCUUGUCUAAUGAAAACCUUAAUGUGCCAAAAAGCAUUUGUUAAGAUUGUUUGACAUUUGCUGGCUAGCAAAAUAAUACUAACGAGUUGUUUAGAAAAGAAUGCACUUCCUGGGAGGGGUACUUCCUUCUGUCUGCCAAAAGAAUAAUAAUAAUAAAAUGUUUCUCAUAAAUAAGUGUGUUUCCAGACUGGAUGUGAAAUGGUGCUUUCAUCCUUCUGAUGGAUUUUAGCAAGGAUAGUACAAUCUGCUCAUUUCUGUAUGUUUAACAAUGCAUUUCUCUUUUGUUUGUUUUCCCCUGUUUGUUAUUCGCAUAUGUAACAAUAAAUUUAUA